AUGCUCCCAUUAGGUCACCGGACGACAGAGAAGAUCUCGCGGCUCAUUGCCUGGCAUAUGUCCCAGAUAGGCGCGUCACAGCUUGCUCUGUCUACGAUCACAUCAGAGGCUCUGUGGGCGAGGAGCGGCCGCUUGCAAAACGUCUCUUCAGAACUUUUCCAUCUGACAGAUCGGAGGGAUGGAAAAUAUCUACUAUCACCUACGCAUGAAGAGGAAAUCACAACUUUGGUCGCCCGAACGGUGACAUCUUACAAGAGUCUCCCGUUGCGGCUAUACCAGAUCACACGGAAAUACAGGGAUGAGUUUCGUCCUCGUCACGGCGUCCUCCGGUCCCGCGAAUUUAUCAUGAAAGAUCUAUACACAUUCGACUACUCUGUCGAAGCGGCUCUCGCCACCUACGAACAAGUCAGUGCUGCCUACAGGAAGUUUUUUGAAGAUCUCAAACUCCCGGUUGUCGUCGCUAAGGCCAGCUCCGGGGAUAUGGGUGGGGACCUCAGUCAUGAGUAUCAUCUAUCGACAUCUCUGGGCGAAGACCACGUGGUGAGCUGCAAUAGCUGUGACUAUGCCAUCAAUGACGAGCUGGCUGAGACCCGUUUGCCGGACUCCCAAGCGGCACAAUCUGCCAAGGGUCUCCGUGUGUGGCGCGGCAUAUCAAAGGAUCGAAAGGUCAUGGUCAAUGUCUGGUACCCAGAGUCAUCAGAUCCAGCUGGGUCCGAAGGAGCAAAGCAGUACUCGGACGACGACAUCAACAUCUAUGCCGUAAAGUCUGCAGUGCCCGAACUAGACGCCAGCAUCGAUGACCCGCUUCCAUUCUGGGCUGCUGGGCUCGAGCCGAAGCAAGCGAAUGCAGAGCCGAGCCCAGAGGGCGUGCAUCCACGCUUAGUCAACCUCGUUGACUGUAGAUUGCCAGAGUCUGUGAAGGAGGAGAUUUCCAAUAUCAGCUCCGGACUGCCUGUAUGGCCCGAAGGGAUCGCUUCCGAGUUGACAAAAGCGAUCCCAUCGCUCACGACAAGUGACAACCCCAAUGAUCCUGACAAGCCCAUGAACUUACUCCGCAUCGUCGAAGGCGACAGCUGCCCCCGCUGCGACUCCGGAAAGCUGAAGGUCCAACGAGCAAUCGAGCUGGGCCACACAUUCUAUCUGGGAACCCGUUAUUCGAUUCCCCUUGAGGCAAAUGUCUCCGUCCCAGCCAAGCUCCUUUCCCAGGACGCUGACAUGAGCUCCGAUGCUGGCGAAUCCUCGAAGACCGUCCCAAUGCAGAUGGGCUGUCAUGGGAUCGGUGUCUCGAGAAUCAUUGGUGCUGUGGCAGAUCAUUUGGCCGACAGCAAGGGCCUCAACUGGCCGAGGGCCAUCGCUCCGUACGAGGUCGUCAUCAUUCCCGGACCGCAGGCUGACGAGGCGGCUGCGACUAAGGUCUACGACGGGCUGGUGUCUCACCGACUAGAUGGCUCUCCUAUUUAUCACCAUCUAGAUGUGCUGCUGGAUGAUCGGGAAGGGCCGCUGCCAUGGAAGAUGAAGGACGCGGAUCUCGUGGGUUAUCCGGUAAUUGUGCUGCUGGGACGAGAAUGGGCUGCCUCUCGUCGCUGCGAAGUCCAAUGUAGGAGACUGGGGGUGAAGGAGCAGGUGCUUGUAGACAAGCUUCCUGUGUAUGUCCAAAACUUGUUAGAUCAGUUGUAG